AUUUUUUGCAAUGACAUCAGAGCAUCCGCAAUAUUCCGAGUUUCCGCUCUGCUUGUCCGACUCGACACGGGAGCUGAUGAAAAUGACCCAGGAGGUGAAGCAGGCUGCCGAUCUGGAGGCCAGCAAGAAGAAGAAGGCGGUCAGGAAGGCGGUGAAGGCGCAGCAUGUGCCGCAUGAAUUGGCCAUGCACAAGAAGAUGUGGAGAACGCACCGGGAGCGGGUGAAGAAUGCCAUCAGCAAGCUGGACGCAGAGCCGCCCACGUUCCAGGCCGCCCGCGUCACCGGCAUCAACGGACUGCGGGACGAGGCGUAUGUGUUCAUGAACCGCACCAAGCAGAAUAUCCAGCUGCUGGUGGAGAUCUCGCGCAUCAUGCGCACCCACGGCGCCGUCAAUCCCUUCCGCUACGAGAAGGUGUACGCCAUGUCUGGCCUUCCGGUGGCCAUUGCCAAUUUGGAGCGUCUGGAGCGCGAGAACAAGGAUCUUGGCAAGCGCCUGCUGGACGUGCAUAGCAUUGUGGACACGGGCCUCGGAACGGAGACGCGGCGCGGCCAUAAGCGUAAGAAAAUCGAAGAGAUACCGCUGCAACUACCGGUGGAGGCGCUGGCCAAGUACAAGGACUUUGAGAUCAAGCUGCCGGAAACGGAUGCGGAACGCAAGCGCCUCUUCCGGCCACGCAUCUACCUAGACAUGUACCUGAAGGAUGCCCGACCGCUGGGCAGGAUCGUGGUGCAGCUGUACACGGAGGCCGCCCCCCUCGUGGUCCUCCAGAUAGUGCGCUCCUGCAUGUGCAAUCAGCCGAACAAGUUCCUCGUGAGGCGUCUCUUUCCCAAUCUCUGGCUGGAGGCGGAACUCCAGCUGACGGAGGACUCGCUGCUCCAUCAGCCGAUCGAGUACGACGCCAAGGUCAUGGAUCAUGGCCAAUACCAUCAUGUGCUGUCCUUCAGCAAAACGCACUGCUCGGGCUUUCCCGAGCGCCUGUCCUUUACCAUAUCCUUCAAGCCGCUCACGGUCGUAAAUGGCACGCGCGUGGGGUUCGGACGCAUUGUCAAGGGCAGCAAAAUCUGUGAGUGCAUCCAGAGCUACGGCACCAAGAACGGGAAGCUCAGCCGUGGUCUACUCUUCACCAACUGUGGGCUGCUUUAGGGCUGACUUUCGGGAUCCCCCAAAA